CUGACGUGACAGAAGCACAGCAUGAGCUCAGGUGAAGUCGUCAUGUUGACAGAAAAAUUUACAUUUGAUCCAAAAGAGGGAAUUGAUAACCCUGCCAUGGUCAUCACAGACUGUACAGACUCUGUGUGGAUUCCCAGACCACGCGUGUGUGUUCUUAAAAGAGAAGAAGGGGAGACCUAUGGCUUCAACUUGCGGGUGGAAAGAGAUCGCCAUGGACACGUGAUUAGAAAUGUGGUUCUAGGGGGCAUCGCAGCACGGGGUGGCCUUCGAGAUGGAGACAGACUUCUAGAGGUCAACAACUGCUACGUUGAUGACGUUCCCCACGCUGAGGUUGCGAGGAAGAUUAAGCUUAGUGGACAGCAAUUAUGCAUGUUGGUGCUGGACGGCGAGGAGUAUGAGCAGGCUGUGGCAGGAGGUCAGGACCUCAAAUUGUUGUCUGGGAUCCUCGACGAAGAACCCUGCAAGCCACCCAGACUCUGCCACAUCACCAAGGAGCUUGGCUCAGGUCUAGGUAUCAGCUUUACUGCCUUGGAAGGAGAGAAAGGUCGCUUCUCAGUGAACCUGGUGAAAGGUGGCGCGGCUGAAAAGGCGGGAGUCCGCAAGGGUGACCACCUGGUGUGGAUGAACGGAGUAAUGGUGUCCCAGCUUACACAUUCUGCCCUCAGUCGAAUGAUGAAAAAAUGCGGAAACAGCAUCACAAUCCUGGUGAUAGACAGUGAGAGUGAGAAGAUCUACAUGCAGAGGAAGAUGCCCAUUUUGCCGGCCAUGGCUGCAUCCAACAAACUGCCCUUCAGAGCCAGAAAGCUCCGCCUAAUCUCUGGGCCAGAAGGAUAUGGAUUUCUUCUCCGGCUGGAGAAGACACCAUCAGGACACACUUAUCAUGUUCUGCGUGAGGUGGACAGCGGCAGUCCAGCAGAGAGGGCAGGUAUACAGGAUGGAGAGAUCCUGCUGGAGGUCAAUGGAGAGUCAGUGGAUUCGCUCAGACAUGAUGAGAUUGUGGAAAGAGUGAGACUAAGUGGAAAGCAGGUCUUCAUCACCACAAUCAGCCAGUCUGGGUUGGGAUUUUACAACCAGCUGGGCUUGUCUCCUCUUCUGUUCUGUGACAGUGAAACAGCUGAGAAAAAAAUGGAGGAAAUUAACGUUGAGCUAUCUCCAAAGGGAAACAAUGACUUGAGCGGCUCUAGACUCUGCACAGUCGAAAAAGAUCCGCUUGGAUUCGGCUUUCGUCUGGACUCUCUCCCGCAGAGACGCGGGACUUUCAUCAGUGAGGUGGGUUCUGGAGGUUCUGGACAGAGAGCAGGACUGGCUGUGGGAGAUGUUGUGCUGGAAGUUAAUGGCAAAAAUGUAGAAGAGAAAUAUCUGGCUGAUGUGAUUUCUCUGGUGAAAAAUGGAGGGAGCUGUAUUUCUUUAUUAGUUAUGGACCGGACAAGCUAUGACAAACAGAAAGAGAAAGAGAGACCAGCGUCAAAUGUCACCGACAGCGAGCUGGAGGAAGACAAUUUUGAGAUUUCAUUUUUGUGAGCAUGAACAAUUUUGCAGACUUUCCCCAGCACUAUUCACCUGUUUGAAGACUUUAUGAAGAGAACUGAAGAUGACAAAAACAUUUGCUUUUGUCAUAGCAAAGGGAGCUCUAUCACACCCCAGGGAUUCGAAACAAAUCCAAACAAAACUGACAAGACAAGCAAAAAAUGAAUCGGUUUUAACAAUAUGGUAUUUGUAAUGGCAUGAGAAUGCCAUUGUGUUCAGUAUUAUGGGUUAAGGAGCGUUUUGGUCUGAUAAAUUACCUCGAUUUAAUAUAGCACUAGAAUUGCUUCGCAGCAACCAUCAGAGGAAACAAACGCUUCACACAUUGGACAAUAAUUUAUUAAAAGCGAUUACAAAAGUGAUGAUAAAUAUUUGAAAGCACUCUGGGAAAGUUAUAUACUAGUAUUUUCUGAGAUUGUAGCAAAUAAGGUGGUGGUGAACAUUACAGGGUUUUUUUACUCUGUUAUUAAAUGCAUAUAGCUUCAGUUUAGCUUGUGUUAUGUCACUGAUAUUACAGAUACUGUUGUGUGAAAUUACAAUAAAUAAUUAAAUUCCUUCACCAAAGGUUAAACUUUUUCAAAAACUGUUAUAUUAUUCUGAUAUUAUAUAUGUUAUCAACAAUUUUUUUCCCAAGUUUAGCUACUUCCAUGUUUUCAAAGUCGUCACUUGACUUUAGAUCUGGUCAAACAAUCUCUUGUCUGGCAGAUGACAUCCCAAUGGCGUCAAGAACUUUUUUUUAAGUCUUUUUUUUAAUUAAGGGAUCUAUAAAUGUUAUUUGAAUAAUUGUCAUAGAGAAUGAUGAUGGCCAAAGUGCCACUUGUGACUUCAGUGGUUGAAAUCUGUAAUGUUAUCUCGUCUUAACUCAGCUGAAGCUGAAAGUGCUAGUGCUUGAUUUUUUAUUUAUUGUCAGCGUAGAAUCGGGAAGGUCAGAGACCUUUUCCAGCAUAAGAAGCUGAUUUAGUGUCAGGGACUGUGACAGGGGUCAGUACCAGUUUUGCAGGACCAAGGUGGGCCCCUGAUCAGAGAUGCUCACAGACGUAAACAAUUCACUUUCAAAGCUGUUAUUUUUGUGUAUCAUUUUCAUCCUUUUUUAUGUUUAAAACUUUUUAAUGCAAAUUAAACCAUGAUUUUGUUUAUUUGUGUGUUGUCGAAUUAAGUACUCCCUUUAA